AUAAAAACUCCCUCAUCCACUCCUCGUGAGUUUCCCCUGUUACUCCGAUGUACUCUUUACUCCUCGAUGGUUACGCCGCGCAGCGAAUCGAUUCCCUUGUCCUUCGAUUUGGUUGGAAAUGGAGUUGCUCAAACGGAUUGGAGAAGAAUUAUUGGCAACUCAAGGUAAAAGAUAGAAUGGCUUUUGUUCCACUCACUUUGUCCUUCAAGGAGGCAUGACAAGAAGGUCAAAAUGGUACUUGAGAUUUUACCAUGCAAAGGGACAAUUGAACCAGAAAAGCAAAGGCCUCUGUUACUUCCUAGUUCCUGAAAAGGGAGGUAUGAGAAGGAGCUUUAUAUUGCCAUGGCCACUUGGUUGCUGGGUUUGUUGUUUGUCUCCUCUACAUUGGGGCUGUCAAAGUACUUCUCUUAAGCUGCAGGAAAGUAAGUAACAAAAGGUAAGUACCCUGUGUAUGCUGAUAGGAAUGUGUCCCCAUUAUCAGUACCACACCAAUGGUUGUGGUGGUGGUGAGUUCAUGGCAGUGGCAACUAACUUUAGCAACUAUUAAUUGAGGUGAAAAUGGUUGUUGUGGUGGUGGCAAAACAGUUAUACUGAGGUGUUUCGGAUGGGGAAAAAACAAGGUGGUUAGGUUAAAAGAGAAUUCCUUUGGUUUGUCCUCAAUCACUUUACAUUGAAUCAAAAUAAAAUUUACUCCAGUUGAGGGAUCUCAAGCCUCAGUAUUUGCUUUUCUGACACUCAUGGUGAGGGUUGGGUUGGUCAGUUGUAACAUCUCUGGCUCUGUGUUGCUGGCCCACAAGCAGGCAUUAAUGAGUUCUCAGUGGUCAGUUGCAGUAACUGCAUAUGCUGCUGGGGUAACAAGCACUUAUCAGAGAGUAUAAUCUUUGAAAACUAACUACUUGCACGCAGUGCAUUCGUAAUUCUUCAUCACAUUUUAUACUUCUAUUAUUCAAUUUUAUAGAAGAGAAAAGAGUCCAUCGACUCGUCGACGUGGUGAAGAGAUGUACGAAUGCACGCGACACAGCAAUAAUUUCUCUCUUCUAAUAUUUAAAGUGAUAAAAAGGCAUACAGCUGGUGAAUUCUCACUGGAUGGGCUUUCCCCAUCUACCUAUAGUGAAUUGUUAGUGUUAGAUCCAGUUUGUAAGUAUAUUAUUAAGGUCAUUAUGAGCUGGAGCAAUUCUCACCAAUGGUUAAUAUAUAUAUAUAUUAAUUGUAGCUAUUAAGUAUGCACUCAGGUGGUAAGAGUACUAUCUAUUUAUUACUCAGCAAAGCUGUGGUAGGAUUAAGCUGUAUUUCUAUAUCAACUAGUACUCACUUCUACUCUUACAUUGGUGUUGGGAUUAAAAAAGCCUGAUCUUGCCAUACAUAGCAUGGUUUCAAUGUUUCUGAAUAGGCCUACUACCUUGAACUCCUCAAUUAAGUUUCUAUAAUGGUUUAUUCAUAUUUUGUGUGUAUAUAUAUAUAUAUAUCAUAAGGAUUUAGAACCUAACUAGAAUGUCAUUAUCAUCAUCCUUGUAUUGUUUUCAAGCCUAAAUGGGUUAGAAUCUCAAGCGUCAUUAUCGUCAUUAUCAAACUGUUAAGAUGGCUACUUAAGAUGACAAGGACCUCAACAUAAUCCAUGCAUGGGGACUAAUUAAUUAACAUUUUGUGGUCACUCAACAAGCACAUGAUUUUCCAAAUUAAGCAUGGGAUUAAUCAAGUCACCAGCCAUGCAUGCACCAUGAUUGUCAACUAAUUCAUAAGAGGAAAACAAAACACCAUCUUAACUCCUCAUGACUAAUUAAUGAAUUAAUUUAUCAACUAAUUAUAGGUCCCGUAUGUGGUCCAUGUGGCCCCCCCUCCUUAAUGGCCCUUCACCAGUAGUUGGAUGGAGGAGCUGAGCAUGAACACACACAGUGCAAGGCUCAAACUCUAUAUAUAAACCACAUACACAACCCUCCAAAACCCACAACCAUCAACAUAUUUCAUUUGACACAAUGGCUUCUUCUUCUACUACUACUACUACUACUACUAGUGCUUUGUCUCUCUCUCUAGCUUUUGCUUUAGCAGUGCUUCUUGGAACAGUGCAAAUUUCCCAUGCAGCUAGGGCAUUUUACAUCUUUGGGGAUUCUCUUGUGGAUAGUGGGAAUAAUAACUACUUAGCCACCACAGCUAGAGCUGAUCAACCACCUUAUGGCAUCGAUUUCCCAUCUCGUAGACCCACAGGGCGCUUCUCCAAUGGCCUCAAUGUCCCUGAUAUUAUCAGUGAACACAUCGGAUCUGAACGAGUGCUACCAUACCUGAGCCCAGAACUCGACGGCGAGAAGCUACUCAUCGGGGCCAACUUCGCCUCGGCAGGGAUCGGCAUUCUCAACGACACCGGAAUCCAAUUUGCCAACAUAAUCAGGAUCACAAAGCAGCUGCACUACUUUGUGCAGUACCAGCAAAGGUUGAGCUUUCUCAUCGGCGAAGACGAGACUGCACGGCUCGUAAACGGUGCACUCGUCCUCAUCACCCUCGGCGGCAACGACUUCGUCAACAACUACUACUUGGUCCCCUACUCGGUCCGGUCGCGCGAGUUCUCCUUGCCCGACUACAUCCGCUACCUGAUCUCCGAAUACCGCAAAAUCCUCAUUAUGCUUUAUGAGCUGGGGGCGCGGCAGGUGCUGGUGACGGGGGUGGGGCCGCUGGGGUGUGUGCCGGCGGAGCUGGCGUUGAGGAGCCGGACGGGGCAGUGUGAUCCGGAGCUGCAGCGGGUGCCCGACAUGUACAACCCGCAGCUGGUCCAGAUGAUCAGCGAGGUCAAUGCCGAGAUAGGGUCUGACGUUUUCGUCGCAGUCAAUGCCUACCGGAUGCACAUGGACUUCAUUUCCAACCCACGACAAUACGGUUUUGUGACAUCGAAGAUUGCGUGCUGCGGGCAGGGGCCUUACAAUGGCAUAGGGCUAUGCACGGAGCUGUCGAACCUGUGCCCUGACCGGAACAUCUUCGCGUUCUGGGACGCGUACCACCCGACGGAGAGGGCGAACCGGAUCAUCGUGAGCGAGUACAUGACGGGGUCCGUAGAGUACAUGAACCCCAUGAACCUAAGCACCAUUCUCGCAUUGGACUCGCGAACCUAAGAAGCUCAGCGAUUCCUGGGCCUCUCUAGCUCCUACAGUUUCGCUUUGUCUGAGUGGUUUUGCAGUGCUUAAUUCAUGGGCUUGUUACGUUACUUAGGGAUGCAAAGCUGUGUGUUUUGAUAGUAGCUCUCUAUAAGAGUCUCAGCGUUGGGUUAUAUAUCCUCAACGAGAUAUGGUUUUAAUUAAUUGUAGCCAAUUAUGUCACUAUUUUUCCUUUUCUCC